CUGUCCUUUUGAGAAAGCAAAGAACCAUAAAGCUGAAGCGGGAAAAGAAAUAAAAAGUGUUCUUAACUUUACCUGCACACCUUUAUGAUCCAAAUAUGAAACUUGCAUGCAAAGCAACAUUCUCAAAACCCUUCAAAAACCAAAACCCUGAAACACAUCUAACCAAACCUUCUCAAGUCCUCCCACCAUAUUUUAGUUUGAAAAUGGAUACCUUGAUCAAGCAGACAAGGAGGAGACAUCCAGCUUCCCAGGAAAAAAAUAGAGAGGUUGGUAGCUCCACUAGAGAGAAAAAAGUGCCGGCAAGGAAGUCUGUUUCAUUCAAAGAAGAUAAGAAGAAGCCCUCAAACUGGUUACUGAAGCAGUUCUCGAGGCAAAUGAGUGGCCAAAGUUAUGACCCGAUCGGCGACAUGGAUCACGCAGCUGCAGUUGCAGCCACUGCUUAUGCCAUAAGCACUUUUGAAGAAACUUGGCUAGAGAGUUAUCAUAAUGGCCUUGAACGUGGACCUUCUUUGUCAAGGAGCAAGAGCAGAAGCGAAGAUAAGUUUCCUUCAGAGGAACCAAGAAGCUUAUCAAGAAGAUUCUCAGGACAACUUUCGUUUAGAGAUUCAGAGACGAAAGAUCAUAAACAUCCAACGCCAAAGUCACCAGUGAGAAAGUCAUCGUCAGUAAAAAAGACAUUCUCCAUGAACUUGAGAGAAGAUCACACCAUACAGAAUGAAGAUUUAGGGGAAAAACGUGAUAGACAAAGGAAACAAGUUUCAGAACCGCCACGGAUACAACCACCGGUCAGGACACGAUCAGAACGUCGUGCUCCACCACCACCUCCUCCUCUUCCUCCUCUUCUAUCACCUCCGCCUCUGCGGCUUCCACCUAGGGAAAUGAAAAGGCAGAGUUCUGGGCAUGCUAGUCGAAAAGAUGAUUCUACAGCUGAUGCUUGGGAGAAAGCUGAACUAGCUAAGAUCAAAGCAAGGUAUGAGAAGUUAAACAGAAAGAUCGAUUUGUGGGAAGCUAAGAAGAGGGACAAAGCUCGAAGGAAGCUGGACAUAUCUGAGCAGAGCGAACAAGAACAGAAGAGGAAGAGAGGUUUGCAGAGAUUUAGAGAAGACACGGAGUACAUCGAACAGAUAGCUGCUGGAGCCAGAGCUCAGGCGGAGAAAGAGAGACAGAGCAAAGAAUUCAAGGUGAAGGAGAAAGCCGGGGUUAUCCGUAGUACCGGUGAACUCCCUGGAAAGGCAUGCUGUUUCUGACACACUAAAACAGAUGGUCCUAGAUAACUGUAGCUAUAUUGUGUGUGUGCGUGAGAGAUUUAUAUGGGUUUCCUUUAAAGAAAGAUGAUAUUGAAAGCCAAAAUGUACAUAUAACAGAGAGCUCUUGGCGAGAAGCAAAGAUGUAUUCUUAACACACACACAAAAAAAAAACACAACGCUUGGUGUUAAUUUGUUGCACAAUGUUUUGAAACCAACAAAACCCAAUCAAACACUUCCUAACAUGUACGAUUUGUCACACUAGUGAAGCUAAUCCGGUUAAAUGUACAUUACAAAGUGUCAAAAUUGGGCCAUUUAACGUCACUUCUUAUAAUCGCAAGAAAUUGUUUUAUACUACACCUGCAUAAUGAUAAAGGCCCACCAAGUACUAUUUGGUAUUUGUCAUUAUAAAAGUAACUUGUAAAUUACGCGACCCGACAAAAUCAAGUGAUUGGGAGUUAUAUUACCCAUCAAAGCUUCGACCGACA